AUGGCAGCCUUCAAGCCGUUCCAAAUCUCGGUUUCCGAGUCUCAGUUAAAGUUGUUGAAGAGGAAGCUUGACGAGGCUACGUUUCCGGAUGAGCUGGACCACGCGGGCUGGGACAUGGGAGUGCCUCUGGACGAGAUGAAACGGCUAGUGAAAGUCUGGCGAGAAGACUUUGACUGGCGCGACCAGGAGAGGAAGCUGAAUGAACAGCUCGCACAAUUUACCACCAGCGUACCUGUGUCAGGAUUCGGCGAGCUCGAUCUUCAUUUCGUGCACGAGAAGAGUCCCACACCGGGCGCGAUUCCUCUGCUGUUCAUCCACGGCUGGCCAGGAAGCUUUCUCGAGGCCAAGAAGUUGGUGCCGCUGCUUACGCGUGCCCAGAAUGAGAACCAGCCUGCCUUCCAUGUCGUGGCGCCUUCACUGCCUAACUACGGGUUCUCCGAGGGUGUGAUAAAGAGGGGGUUCGGUUUGGCUCAAUAUGCCGAAGCAUUGGAUAGUUUGAUGACCUCUCUUGGAUAUGAAGAAUACGUCACUCAAGGCGGCGACUGGGGCAGCAUGCUGUCUCGGGUCUUAGCCAAGCACUACCCCGAACAUGUCAAAGCAAUUCACCUGAACUUUGCUCCCGUUCUUCCGUGGAAUAUAAGCCCCCUGUCAUUUGUCCGCUCGCUGCUGACCAUCCCGUUCUCCGCCAAGGAGCGCGCCAAAUUGGCCACUUCCUGGUCCUUUACCGCCGAGGGAAACGGGUACAUGCGUCAGCAGGAGACCUUCCCCCAGACUCUUGGCUACGCGCUUCAGGAUAGUCCCGUGGCGUUGCUGGCUUGGAUACUGGAUAAGCUCCACGUCUGGUCGGACGUUUAUCCGUGGACGGAUGAAGAGAUCCUCACCUGGGUGAGUAUCUAUCAGUUCUCCCGGGCUGGGCCAACUGCUUCGACGAGGAUCUACUACGAGGCCCAGCAUAAUCCAGGGGACGGGAGACGGUUUGUCUCGAUUGCUGAUUCCUUCUCCAUCUGUGCCCCGAAGAGCGUCAAAAUUGCAAUCGCUGAGACCCGCAAGGAGAUCAUAGUCCUCCCUCUAGCCUGGUAUCGGAUGAUUGGCAAUCUUGCCAGGCACACCGAGUUGGGCAUCGGCGGGCAUUUCGCUGCAUGGGAGGUUCCAGAGCUUUUGGCCCAGGACCUCCAGAGUUUCUUCGGCAGGGAAGGUCAGGCCUUUGCGUCUGUGACAGCAAGAGAUGGCUAUUGA